CUUUUCACUGAGAGAGGCCAGGACUCUUAUGUUUCCAGCCCAGAGGCCAGCACAUGGGGGAGCACUGGGAGGACAUGUGAAUCUGUAACAGUAACCCCCAUUUCCUAGCCUAAACUGGGUGUGAGGCUCUGAACUAAGCUCUCCCAUGUAUUAUUUCAUUCCAUUUUUGAUCUUGGUAGCCACUGUGCAAGAUAAGUAUUAUCAGUUCCAUUUUGCAGAUGAGAAACUGAGGUGCAGAGACUUCGAAAGCUCAAGGUUACACAGUUGGCCCAGCGGUGGAGCUAGAAUCCGAGUCCUCUGUCCUGAGUGAAAGUUUUGCCGUGAAUGGAUGUAUAAGCGGUUGAUGAAGUCAUACGUCCAGAGAAAGUUCUGCCUGCAGAUCCCUCUGUGUGCUGGAUUCCGCCUGCCUAGGGUUUGCAAUUCUUGGCAUCAGUGUCAGCACACAGAACGGGCUCAGGAAAGGCCCUUUCUGUGCUAGCAGCAAUACUGUGGCCAUGCUUACUUUUCAUGGGAAGUAGCAUUUUUGAAUCUCCCAUUCUAAAAAUAAGCUGCAAUUUGUUAGGGGCCCUUGAGGACUAGCCCAGGCAUUUCAGGACAGCUAUUUGCCUGUCCGCAGCACAGGAAAUUAAUCAGAACUGCAAAGCCCUUCCCCUCUUCCCACAGGCCGGCUCUGGAAACGCCCAGUGUUUUGCUGCAGCACUUCUGGAGGACUGUGGAGAUGCCAAGGGCAGUUUCACUCAGCUCCAUCUCUCCCUGAGAAACGUGAGAGGAGAGACAUAGGAGGCAGAACCGGGUCAGCUAUGCCGCAAAGAGCUUGCAGGCGGAGCUCCCAGCCCUCCCCAACCUGGAGGGGUGCUGCUUGUCAGAGAUGGUCUGCAGCCUCAGAUUACUACGGAAUCCACUUGGGAUCUGCUGGUUCCUGUUCCAGUGGCAGCAUUUUGCAGAGCCGCUUUCAGCAAGCCUCUUCCUAUCCCAGGCCUUUAAAAUUCUCCAACAUGAAAUGAUUGGGUAGAUUACCACAAGGUUGCCAUGUGGUUAUCAGGGCAGGAAAUAUUGAUGACAGUAAUAAUAUUGAAAAUAAGACUAUCAACCACAUAAUUUUGGAAUACUGUAUUUUUCCACGCAGUAGCACAUGUAAUUUUAAAACAAACCCCACAAAGACUGUAUUAUCAGCCCCAUUUUACAGACAGGAGACUGAGGUUCUGAGAGCUCAUGGGAACCAGAACAUGGGUGUAUGACCCCAGAGUUUUCUGACAUCAGUUCUUGAGCUCUACAAGUAUGUGUGGCUUCUCACCUCCAGCAAGAGCGAAGAAACAAACUGAAGAAGUUGAUUUCAUAGAAGUUGUAAUGUGGGGGCUGGGGGUUUAGCUCAGCGGCAUAAGCACCUGCCUUGCAAGCAGGCGGUCAUGAGUUCGAUCCCCGGUACCGAUAAAAAUGAAAAAAAAAAAAAAAAAGAAGAAGAAGAAGAAGAAGUUGUACUGUGUUCAUGCCCACAGGAGCAUUCAGCUCAAUGCCCUGGGUAUUCAGAGCAUGGAGGAGUGGCUCCUGGCCAGAGGAAGGUCAGGAGGCCGCUGCCAUUGAAAGAUAGUGGCUCUUUCCAAGACAGCAAACACCAGAGGAGCAGCCAGAAUUACUGGUGGAAAGCUUAAAUUACCUCAAUGUUCAUUUGAGCAACAGGGACCUUGACUGCUGGAUCAUAUGACUGAUAAUGGUCCCUGGCUGCCAAAGAAGGCUGUGGGUGCCAAGAGAAAGGUAACCAUUUCUCAUCCCCUCGAGUGGAGUUGGAUGCCUCUGGGAGCCCACAUUAGCUGGCGGUAGACAUGGCUGAAGUUGCGAGCUACAAAGAUACUGCCUCCAGCCGCCACCUGCGGUUUAAGUUACAGAGCCUGAGUCGCCGCCUUGAUGAGCUUGAGGAAGCCACAAAAAACCUCCAGAAAGCGGAGGAUGAGCUCCUGGACCUCCAGGACAAGGUGAUUCAGGCGGAGGGCAGCAACUCUAGCAUGUUGGCUGAGAUCGAAGUGUUGCGCCAGCAGGUGCUGAGAAUUGAAGGUAAAGAUGAGGAAAUUAAGAGGGCAGAGGAUCUGUGCCAUCUGAUGAAGGAGAAACUUGAAGAAGAGGAAAACCUUACUCGGGAGCUGAAAUGCGAGAUUGAACGACUUCAGAAACGCAUGGCUGAGUUGGAGAAACUAGAGGAGGCCUUUAGUAGGAGUAAGAAUGACUGUACCCAGCUUUGUUUGAGCUUGAACGAGGAGAGAAAUCUGACCAAGAAAAUCUCUUCUGAGCUGGAAAUGCUCAGAGUCAAAGUGAAAGAACUGGAAUCUUCUGAGGACCGCCUGGAUAAAACUGAACAGAAUUUAGCAUCGGAGCUAGAAAAGCUGAAGUCAUUAACGCUGAGCUUUGUCAGCGAGAGGAAAUACUUGAAUGAAAAGGAGAAAGAAAAUGAGAAAUUGAUUAAAGAGCUCACGCAGAAACUGGAGCAGAACAAGAAGAUGAACCGAGAUUAUACAAGGAAUGCUUCCAAUCUUCUGGAAAGGAAUGACCUACGGAUUGAGGAUGGCAUCUCUUCCACACUGCCAUCCAAGGAAUCCAGAAGGAAGGAUGCCCUGGACUACCUAAAGCAGGUGGAGAAUGAAACAAGAAACAAAUCUGAAAAUGAAAAGAACCGAAAUCAAGAGGACAACAAAGUCAAAGACCUUAACCAAGAAAUCGAGAAACUUAAGACGCAAAUAAAACAUUUCGAGUCUUUGGAAGAGGAGCUUAAGAAAAUGAGGGCCAAAAACAAUGACCUUCAAGAUAAUUACCUGAGUGAGCAAAAUAAAAAUAAAAUCUUAGCCAGUCAGCUGGAAGAGAUAAAGCUACAAAUCAAGAAACAAAAAGAGUUAGAAAACGGAGAGGUAGAAGGGGAAGAGGUUUUCCUGUCCAGCAAAGGCAGGCACGAGAGGACUAAGUUUAGAGGCCUCGGUGGGGAGGCGAGCAUGGCCAAGCACGCAUCCCGGGACCUGUCUCCUCAGCAUAAGCGAGACCGGCUGCGAAACAGGGAGCUUCCUCUCAGCAGUGAACACUACACUCUGGGCAGCAGGCAGGUUUCCUCCCCCACCCUCACCAGCAGGAGGGCAGCCAAAGCUUCCAGCGUGGGCGCGGGUACAGACAGCGGGGCUCAGGAGGCAAGGAGAACUGAGGACCGGUUUGCCCCUGGGUCCUCUCAGAGUGAAGGGAAGAGGGCCAGGGAGCAGCCCUCUGUGCUUAGCCGCUACCCCCCAGCUGCCCAGGAGCACAACAAAGUCUGGAAGGGGACGCCCAAACCCGGCACUGAGGGGGGACUGAAGGGAAAAGUGGAGAAGACGACGCGGACAUUUAGUAACUCCAUGCUCGGCUCCGUUCCUGGUGACGCACUGGGUAGGGCUGAGAGGGCUUCGGAGCCCUCGUCGGAGGCCCCGCUUGGCAAGCGAGGACAGGUGCUUGCUGGUGGAAGCCAGCUGGCUCAGGCCACAGACCCUGCCUGCUCUAAGGCUGUUGGCGCGCUGGCUUCAUCUCGGAGGUCAUCUGCAGAAGGCCUCUCAAAGAGUAGAAAGGCUGCCAACGGCCUGGAGGCGGAUACUGCUUCCCCCAGUGCUAAGGCUCCAAUUUUAUCAAAGUACCCUUACAGCUCCAGAAGCCAGGAGAACAUCCUUCAGGGCUUUUCCGCUGCACAUAAAGAAGCUGAGCAGUCCAUAGCAGUUGUGAUGGAAGACAGCAGUCAGCACGAAGCCCUGAGGUGUCGAGUCAUCAAAUCCAGCGGCAGAGAGAACCCUGACUCGGACGAUGACUUAGACACGGCAUCUCUGGUUACUGCCAAGUUGGUAAACACAACCAUCACUCCAGAGCCUGAACCCAAACUGCCUCCUAACUCUCGAGAAAAGGCCAAAGCCCGAGGGGAACACAGAACCUCCCUAUUUGAGAAUGAUAAAAAUGGUGGGAUCGAAAACGAAUCUGUGAAACCCGUCAGAGGCUCUAGCAAUUCCAUGGAACUCCCAGAUGCCAGUCGUGCUGGGGUAAAAAGCCAGAGACCCUUCAGUCCCCGAGAAGCCUUGCGGUCUAGAGGUGUCAUCAAACCUGUUAUCAUUGAUAAGAAUGUGAAAAAAAUCAUGGGUGGAUCUGGAACUGAGGCUGUGUUGGAGAAACAGAAGUCAAGCUGUAAGCCAGGACCAAACAAAGUGACAAGCAGCAUCACUAUCUAUCCCUCUGACAGCAGCAGCCCCAGAGCCAGCCCAGGGGAGACCCCGAGGGAGAGGCACACAUCUACCAGCAACAUCCAGGUGGGGCCCCCAGAGCUCAUCCCGGUUAGCAACCACGUCAGCUCCCCGUUGGAGUUCUCUAUUCACAAACACGACAUCGGCGUGCAGCUCGCAGACGCUGAAAGACUGGGAGACGGGCCCUCAAAGAACAGGCCGGACACGGUGGUGUCUCGGAGCAGCAUUCUCAUCAAGCCAUCGGAUUCUGUGGAGAGGAACAGCCAUGCUGCCCCAGCGGAGACAAUCAGGUGGAAAAGCCACAGCGCCCCUUCCGAGGUAGGCUCCUCGGACGCCAGGCAUGUUACUGUGCGCAAUGCCUGGAAGAGUAAGCGAGACUUGAAAUCUUUAGAAGACCCCCCGACCCAAGCAGGUAGAAACAUGGGACCUUCCACUACCCACAUCCAGAGGUCUUCCACAGACUUCUCAGAACUUGAACAGCCCAGAUCCUACCUGUCUGAGUCAGGCCCUCGAAAGGUGGGAAAUUCUGGGGAUGCAGCCGAGCUUUCCUCCAGAAGGACCCAAAGUAGCCUCACGGUGUCCGAGGUGCUCACCCAUCGGAGUCGUGCAGGAGACACGGUCCUGGCUGCAGCCUGGAACCAUUCCGCAGGCAUGGAGGAAAGUGAAGACUGCACACUCAGUGUCCACAGGCGACUGCACAACUCUUUGGAGCGGUCUGAACCCGCUGUGCAGCUGGAGCUGCCAGAGCUUGGGCGAAUUCGAGCCGAGGAGCGACUGCGGCCAAGUAGGCCUUGUGCUGAGGAGAACUGAGGUGGCGGGGUGAAGGCUCUGCCCCCGCUUCUCAGCUUGUCCACCUCCUGUCCUGCAAAGUAUCUAAGACCAGUUAACCAGCAGGACACAGCCUUGGCUGGGAGACUGGCGGAGAGCUGGGGUGUGGCUCAGGUAAUUUUUGCCAGUUGGCCAGAGGAGAUCACAGACUACCACCCGGACAGUCACGCAGGCCCAGCAUUCCCUGGUGCAUGAGUCCUGUUUCCUUGCCCCUGUGCCCCGGGGCAUAGACCACUUUAGCCCACAGGUGGGGAGACGCAGAAACCUCUUACUAUACAACAGUAGCCAAAAUUCUGUGCUCCCAGGUGGGUAGUUUCGUAUUUUAGCGUAGCCCCUUCUUAGUGUGGUUAGCGCCUCCUCAGUCUCCUCACCAUGCUCCUUGUCUCUGCUGAGCACCCUCGUGCCCACCAAGAAUGACCUGCCAUUAGCUGCAUCUGGGGAGUGUCCAUUCCUUCUCCCCUUGGAGUUCUUUUUCUCAGACUCUGAAAGCAGAAGGGGGUCUGUGCCGCCUCUGAGGGACUAUGGGACUGUCUUGUAGGUCGAGGCUUCUCUGACCUGGCUCUCUGGCUGACUAGUUUCUGGGGCAGAGCAUGCAGAUUCCUGUUGGAAUGAACCCACCCCCACCCCAGCUCUCUGUCACCUUCCAAAGGCAUCGGAAGUGCGAACGCCUCAUGCAUCUCCUUCCUUGUGCACCCAUAAUGCUGCUGGCAGAAACUGCACCCUCUCCUGUGGUUGGAGACUUCAGCUGACUUCAUUGUUCCCAUUUUGGGAAAAUUCCCGGACUAUGCUGGGCCUGACCCAGCAUAUGCUGCCUUCUGGAAAGUGCCCCAGCAAGGGGAAAAGCAGAUAGGAAGAAGCAGUUUCCCUUUAGUCACUCCACAAGCAAUAGCUCCACGAAAGGCAUGGACUGAGAAUCCUCCCUCUUGUUCCUCCUCCUCCAUCCCAGGCGGAGGAGGCUUCGCACUUUACCAUGCUGAUGCAUUCCUACAGAAGUGGCCCCGACUCCUGCAAGUCGACUAUCAUUACAGUGACUUCCUCCAAGGAAAGGUUAUCUGCCCAUUGAGGGCCUUAGGGGUAUACAGUUCAGAGUGCAGCAGUCUUUCAGGAAGCCACACCUUACAACAACGAUGAAAGCAUCAACUAGUUUCCUUAUACCCGUCAUGGGGAAGUUAGAACUGUAUUUGUGGCGCUGCCUUUUCUACAGCAUCUUUCAGUCUCCUUUAAAGGCUACUUGUAUGAAGCAGACGCCAUUCAGCAGCAGAGAGCAUUAGACUAGCAGUCUAGAAAGUUGUUUCUCUGAGGCUUUAUUACUUCCUUGCAGUGUAAUCUUGGGUGAGUCCUUGUCCUCUGGGAACCUUAGUUUCCCUGUCUGUAAACGGAAUCUCUUCAGAGCCCUCAGUCUGGAAUCCAAGGUUUGUCUGUUUUCACUGUGCUUUGUGGGGGUUCUGUCUUCAGAGGCUUGGGGAACAUCUUCCCUCUUGCCUUGAGCUGUCUUUGUAGGCCUUAUGCUUAGUAUCUGCACGUGCUUGUCUCACGCGGGUGAGCUCAAGAAGCUCCUCAGGCCCGUAUUUGCACAGGAAGGGACCAGAUACUCUGAGGCCUUGUCCAGUGCCACGUGUUAGCGCCUGGCUGGCAGCCUGGGUGCUUUCUAAAACAAGGCUGUUGUGUGUCUUGUCCUGUGCCCCUCCUGUGGAUUUCCUGGGGAGAGGGGAGACUGGAACUUCCUCUGGAGGUCGGCGAGUGGUUACCAGUGCCUCCACCGAGCACAGGCAGCGGUGUUCAUCCUGCCCUUGUGUCAGACGGCCAUGAGGCUUGGAGAGCUCCUACUUCUGUGCUCUGGAGCUCUGCCAGGUGAAGGGCUGGCCUUUCCGCUCCACGUUGCACCUAAGACGCACAAUGCAGGAUGCUGUAUGCAAGAUUUCUUCCCUGCUGCUUCUCCUGGGUCACUGGCCAGAAGCUUGCUCAGUCAAGGUGAAAACUCCACCUGCAGCUUCUCUACCAUUCUCCUUCACCCAUGGGCAAUCCUGAGUUCAAAGGAGACUGACCUCUGCAGCGGUCAGUUGCGCAUAGGAAAUUCUGUGGCAAAGAUGCUGAUAGAAAUGGAAUGCCAAGCCAUGCCAAAAAAGAUCUCGCUGUUUUUCUGUCUUUGGGUGUUAGAACCCUGGAUUCUGGUGCUGUAGCUCCUGGUGCCAAAGUCUGGAUCUUUCCACAUUUUUAGCAGCGCUGACAUCUGCUGAUACAAUGCUGUGUGGAAAAGGGACAGCCGUGGUGCCCUUUUCCUGGGGCUGCCAUUUUGAAAUCUGAGUGCAAUAGAGUUUGAUUGUAACAAUUAUUUCAGGAUAAAUAUUUUAUGUUUCUUUAAUCUGCACACUUUAUAGAACCGCUGUAAAAUAGAUUUUAUUUUUAAAUAUCCUCAGCGUUGCAGAAAAUAUGUAUUUGCAAGUGAAGACUAGAGGCUUAGUUCCUCUGGACUUCAAAUGGCUGGCAAGGCUGGCUCUCAGAUUCCAAAGUUGGAAGGCACAUGUCUGAAAAGCAACUACGGUGUGGCCAUUUGGAUCCAGUCCUCACAAUCGGGUCCUGGAGGAAGCCUCCAGAGAGAGGGGAGACCUGGUAACUGAAUAGUUGCCGAAACCGAAUAGUCCCAUGUCCCAGCCAACCCACCUCUAUGCCAAGUGUCUUCUGCAGCCUGCCUGACUAGAUGUUCCUGGCAGGUGCAGGGUUUGGGGAAGGCUCCUAGGGAAGCUGGGGAACCCAUCUCUUUGGCUGUGAGGUGGAAGAGCUGGCUAAAGGCCAGGAGGGUGUGUCUUUGUCACUUAGCACUGUAUCUCGUCAUUCUGAUACUGAACAGCCAGAGAGAGCUGGAGGGAUGGUAGACACCACAGCUAUAGGAAGGUUUUACUUCUCAGUGGCAAAGAAGCGGUUGAGAGUGUGGGUUGAGAGUGUGGGCAGGGAUCUGGGUGUGACCUAGGACUCCAACCUCAUUGCCAGCAAGCUUGCACAUAAGCCAUCCCUCUCUUGGGGUGCUGGGGCAUCUAUGGUGUUCUCGGACUGCUCGUUCAGGGGCAGUUCUAGUUCCUUAGAUUUAGUGGGUCACAGUGCCAAGUGCUGCCACUUCCCAGUAAAGGAACAGGGAUCCAGACCCCUGGGACUGGGUCCCUCUCUUUCUGCUGGUGUGAGCUUCUCUGUCAGGACUGCUUCAGAACGGCUGCUUUUAGGGAUUUUCUUUUGAAUAUCCCAAGUGGGGAAUAGAGUUCUCCUCAAAGCCUCAGUCAAGAUCAUAGGAAAGGGGCCCUAUUUUCCUGCUGCUUCACAGCUCAGAACAUGUACUGAAUGGAAUGUAUUUUUAAGAGAAUAAAGUCUAUUUUUUGUAUUUUAAAGAUAGGGAGGGCUAGGAAGAUAGCCUUCAAAUAAACUGCUAUUGCAUUAUAGGCCCCUUGCUGGGGGCAUCAGUCUGUUGGUCCACACACCUACUUGCUCAGAUAGGUGCUCUGGCCUCACCCCUGCCCCUUGGAAGCUUCCACAUUUCUGCUCCAAGCAUGGGACCAAGAAGGCCAGAACCAAAGCCAUGAGCAGUGGCUCAGGGCUCCUUGGGUGCAUGUGUGUAGUCAAAGCUGCCUGUCUGCAUGUAUCCUCUGGCUCUAAUGCUCUCUCUGUUGGCUCUGCAGCACAGUAUGUUAACCAAUAAAGCUCCCUAGUUUCCAUAUGC